AAGUCAGGACAGGUACUGUUAGGAAUUCCCCGCCCACUGCGGACGUCACUGACUUUAAAAAAAGUCCCCCGGGCGCCUGAAGUGCGGACAAAGGGAGCGGAGUAGUCUGGGUGGUGUGACCCCCCAGUGGUGGAGGGAGACCUGUGUUGCCCAGUAACAGUGCGGUCAGCCCCGCGCGUCUGGUUGCCAGGACUGAGCACUCCGCUGCCAUUGUCCAUGUUCUGGCAUCCGGAAUGUGAUUGUCCGGACUGUGACAUGGAGGAUCCGAUUACCCCGAGCUGUGAUUGGCUGUACAGAGCAGUGAGCGCUGAGGAUGAUGAGCGGCCGGCCAGUAUCUCCCGGACUGAGGAGCGGAACACAUCGUCCAGGAUGACUCCUCAUCACCCCGGGCACCAUGGUUCGGAGCGGGCAUGGCUCUCCCGCUGGCUGGAGCUCAGCACACAGAGACUCCGGGAGCUCCAUGUUAUGAGGCAGGAGGCGGAGGACAGGGUGCGGGGGGUUCUGGAGGACGAACACUGGACCACAUGGAGGAGGAAUACAGAGGACAGCAUGGGCCGGACCAGAACCAAACCCAGGAGGAACCAGAACCAAGAACUGGGCCAUAUACAGGAAGAGGAGAUAGGGGGCGCCAUAGGGAGAGCCUUCACCCCACAGAAAGGGAAUGGUGACCCCCAACACAGCCAGGGCCCUGCACUGACCCAGGAGCUCCUCCACAGGAUGAGCCUGAGGGGCCCCCCAGAGAACUGGAACCACCCCAUGGGCCCCGGACACGACAGCCUGACCAUGGGGGACGGAGCGCAGUCAACAGAACCUUACAUGCUGCGUAGAAUCGGGUCUGGAUCGUUGGCACCUCGUCUCAGACUUGGGAGUUCUGGAGUGACCAGUGAUCUUUUGUUUACUAGAAGGUUCAGCGGGAACUGUCUAUCGACUCACAGCUCAGGAUUUUAUGAGAAUAGUGAUUUGGACUCCAUCUCGUCUUCUUGCUCCUCCCUUUGCAGUGAUUCAUCCUGCCACACAUCCUUCUCUAUGAUGUCACCGCACCGAAGCUCAGAGAUGAGACCAAGAUCCAUCGACUAUACAAAUGAACGCAGGAAAGAACUGCAAAAUGGAAGGGCACAACAAAGAAGACCCAUAUCAGCAGGGGCCCUGGAAGGCCUUUCUCUCUCUUCAAUUUCCUCUUCCCGGUAUGACAUCACUCAAUAUAAUGACAGGACUACUUGUGAUCAUACAUAUCCUUCAACUCCACCCCUCUGUGCUAUUCAGCAGAGACGCAAAGCCCAGCGCUAUAUUUGCAAGCUGGCCCUCAAAUACCGCUGUAAGCCAGGAGUGACCAAUCCUCUCCCUGACCUGGGACCACCAACUCCUAGAACUCCAGUAUCUGCUUCCCAUUAUUCUGAACGCUAUAACAGCUGCCCCCCUUCACCUCAAAUCAACUCCCUCUCGUCCAGCUUAGGUGAUGUUCGUAAAACCCCCAAAGGCUCAUGGGGACGUUUCUUUAGUCGUGUCAUGCUUAAGAAGGACUCAAGGAUUGCAGCCUCAGAGCUAAACCUUCAACACUGUAUUAACAAUCCACAAAGCAGCCCACGGAGUCCAUCCCACGCAGACGGUCAUCUUGUGAGGGCAAAAUCCUUCCGUGAUUUGUUAUCUGUUAACCCGUUUAAGAGGAGCCAGAGGGGGCUGAACAAAAUGUGGUAGUUACAUUUCAGUAAAACAAAGACUAAAAAUCCACUGCACAACAUCAUAAAUAUGACAAGUAGUUUUUCUUACUCUUGGAACCCUGUGUAAAUGUAUAUUAUGAUUAAAGAAAAUGUAUUACUGAAAGAUAUAUGUAGGAUCCCAGUGCUGAUGUCCUUUUGAAAUAUAUAUAUAUACCCUAUAUAUUCUUUCGUGGCAAUUUACAAAAAUAUAUAAAGGUGGACUCCAGUCCAAACAUAGUUUUUUUAAAUGCAAUAGCCAUUUACCUGUGUUUUGGAUGCACACUUUAGAACAAAAGGUAGUGCUGCAAAAUCUUUUGUAAGCAUUCCCUGUGCACAACAAACCAGCCAUUACACAAAAGUAAUUUUUAAAAUUAAAAGAAAUUCUGCCUUUUUAUUGGAUAAUGAUAUGGGAUGAUAACUGGUGUUGAUUAUAACUUCUGCAGUUUUCCUUUAGGUAGCAGAGACAUUUUCCCAGUGUCUGCCAAGUACUGCCAUCUUUUUCAUGUUGUGUUGUGUUUCUUCAAAAUCAAUUUUUAUGUUUAUUUUGUUUCUAUGGCAGAACAUUUCUGAUUUUAGGAAUAUUCUGCUACCUUUCAUUCUACCUUUGGCACUUUUUAUAUCUGAAUGUUGCACUUUGUGUUCAAUUACCUUAGGCAGCAGAAAAGUGAAAGACAUCCAGGCUGUUAAGGCAGAAGCUGUCUUUGGAGCCUUGUACACACGAGCAGUUUUCCCGUCGGGAAAACUGCCAUGAGAGCU